AAUCUUCUCACCAUGCAGCUUUUCAAAUUCCUCGCUUUCUCUCUCCUCGCCACCCUGGCCAACGCGGCAGCGGUCAACCUUGAGGACACCACUCCUAUCCCCAAGGACACUCUCGAUAAAAGAGGUGACAUGUGUGGACAGUUCUGUGUUGGACCUCACAGCUGCCACGGAAAAUGCUCCCGUUGCAUUAACCUUGUCUGCAGGAAAUAGAUCUACUCAUCUUUUGCUCUUGUGGUCUAUUGUCUCCAGCAAAUGCCUUGGUUUAUUAUGACGGCCAUUCAAGCCACACUCACGUUUGUCAUCAUGGUUCUCUUGCGGGUAUUGGAGUGGUACGUCCUGUACUUUGGGGAUCGGGUAGUUGAACAAGAAGAUACAGGAUUUAUGGAGGAUGAGGUCUUAUUUGAUGAUGAUAAUUAUGCUCGUUGAUCUUUCUGAGUGGCACGCCGCAGGCGGUGUUGGGG